AUGAAAUUUCUUCAAAUAAUAAAACAUCUCAAAUUACAAAACAAAAAGAACACACUUGGUCAUUUUGUAAAUUGUAGUACUUAUGAACAUUUCAGUAAUAUUAACAAACUAUUUUUCAAUAACUACAGUUCGACCAAGGAAUAUUCUGAACAUGGUCAGGUGAAAAUUGAAAACUACCUGAACAGUACAUUACAAUAUGAUGAAAACAGCCAAAAUGGGUCACCAAAUAAUUUAAAAAAUGGAAAGCACAAUAUGUAUAAUUCUGAAACCAAUGUUAAUAUAAAUGAAGACAAAUAUAAAGAUAAUAAUAUAUCUAGUAAUAAUAGUCAAUACAAUAAUAAUAGUAAUAAUUCUUUUUUUUUUCAUUAUGAAGAACAGGGAAUGAAAGACACCAUUGAUGAUGUAGUUAACGAGAAUAAAAAAAAAAAGAUGAACAGAUUUUAUUUAGACAGUCAAGCAACCACAAUGAUUGACCCAAGAGUAUUAGAUAAGAUGCUACCAUAUAUGACAUACAUAUAUGGAAAUGCUCAUUCAAGAAAUCAUUUUUUUGGAUGGGAAUCAGAAAAGGCUGUGGAGGAUGCGCGAACAAAUAUAUUGAAUUUAAUAAAUGGUAAAACUAAUAAGGAAAUAAUAUUUACAUCAGGAGCAACUGAAAGUAAUAAUCUUGCUCUGAUAGGUAUAUGUACAUAUUAUAAUAAAUUGAAUAAACAAAAGAAUCAUAUUAUAACAUCUCAAAUUGAACAUAAAUGUAUUUUACAAACAUGUCGAUUUUUACAAACAAAAGGAUUUGAAGUAACGUAUUUAAAACCAGAUACAAAUGGCAUAGUAAAAUUAGAUGAUAUAAAAAAUAGUAUUAAAGAUAAUACUAUAAUGGCAUCAUUUAUAUUUGUAAAUAAUGAAAUUGGUGUUAUACAAGAUAUUGAAAAUAUAGGAAAUCUGUGUAAAGAAAAAAAUAUUUUAUUUCAUACUGAUGCAUCCCAAGCUGCUGGAAAAGUCCCUAUAGAUGUGCAAACGAUGAAUAUUGAUUUAAUGUCAAUGUCUGGUCAUAAAUUAUAUGGACCUAAAGGUAUAGGUGCUUUAUAUAUAAAAAGAAAGAAACCAAAUAUCAGAUUGAAUGCUUUAAUUCAUGGAGGUGGUCAAGAAAGAGGUUUAAGAUCAGGAACUCUUCCAACGCAUUUAAUUGUUGGAUUUGGAGAAGCUGCUAAGGUAUGUUCUUUAGAAAUGAAUAGAGAUGAGAAAAAAGUUAGAUUUUUUUUUAAUUAUGUAAAAGAUUAUUUAAUAAAACAUUUAGAUUAUAUUGUAUUUAACGGAUGUCAAAUAAAUAGAUAUUAUGGAAAUAUGAAUAUAUCUUUUUUAUUUGUUGAAGGAGAAAGUUUAUUAAUGUCUUUAAAUGAAAUAGCUCUAAGUUCAGGUUCAGCAUGUACCUCAAGUACAUUAGAACCUAGUUAUGUUCUUAGAUCUAUAGGAAUUUCAGAAGAAAUAGCACAUACAUCUAUUAGAAUAGGUUUCAAUAGAUUUACUACUUUUUUUGAGGUACAACAAUUGUGUUCUAAUUUGGUAAAAUCCGUCAAAAGAUUAAGGAGCAUCUCACCUCUAUAUGAAAUGGAGUUGGAAAAAAAAAAUUCUUCAAAUGACGACAUUCCAAAGUUUAUAUGGACAUAA